AGUGGAUAAAUCAAGUUUUAUGGUUGGAAGUUAUGGACCAAAAAAUGAAGCUCAUAAAUAUGUAACAGCAAUUGAUGAGGCUCCUAAAGGACUGAUAGCACGCGGUCACUAUACUGUUAAAAGCAAGUUCACUGAUGAUGACAGAAUCAGUCACCUAGAGUGGGAAUGGACUUUUGAUGUCAAGAAGGAUUGGGAAUGACUGUAUUAUACAGUAGCAAGUAAAAUUCAGAAAUUAUCAUCUCUAAAAAGUGGCAUCUUCAUAAUAUUACAAUGCUGAAGAUUAGAAGCAAAUUUGAAAAUUCCCACCUUUGUUUACAAUUUCUACGAAUAUUUUUAGAUGUGUUUACCUAAUUCUAGCUCUGGAAGUUAAAUUAAGCAUAUAGUUGCAUUUACUGAUUAUAUAGUUUUUUAUUUGGAAAUUAAUUAUAAUUACAAUUCAAUUGCUUUUACAAACUUAAGUAGUUAAUUAAAUUAUUAUUUUAUUCAUUUUGUCAAGAAAGUAUUAAAUAUGAAACUACAAAAUUUAAAUACCACAAUUAAUAACAAAGUUAUUAACAAAGAAAACAUUUAAAGAUAUACACAGUUUGAUAACUUUAAUAUACAGGACAAUUCUUGAUAGCAUCCAAAACCGAAAAGCCACUGUUAUCCACAGACUGAGCUGCUAAUGGAUUUCUUGGAUAUUGUAGUUCAUUUGAUUCAAUAUUUCAGCAAUCACGCUCUUCCAAGUUUUCUUUAAAACUUAUUAUUAAAACAUAUUAUGAUGAUAAUGAUUAUUAUUAUUAGUAGAGGUAUCAUAAUUUUUGUUGCAAAUAGAUAUAGAUUUAUUUUUAAAGGUAUAUAAUUGAUAAA